AAAAAAAAUUCUUUCUUUCCAAACACUUUAAAUACUUUCUGCAAAGUUUUUUUUCAUUCCAAACAGUUUUAACGUAGAAGCAGCGUUGGCCGCCGAUUUCGAUUACGAUCCUAUCUCGAGGCUGAGAGAAGAUGGUGAUGACGUCAUCUUCAUCCGAUUCCAAACCUGGAAUCAACGAAGCGCCGUCAAAAAAACUUGGAGACUCGUCCCCGGAGCUAGGAGAUUCGAACUCUUCAGAGAAACUUGGAGACUCGUCCCCAGAGCUAGGAGAUUCCAACUCUUCAGAGGAACUUGGAGAUUCGGAAGAGAGCGUGUUUUGCUUGUUCAUGAAAGAAGGUGAUUGCAAAGACUCAUUCACGGCUUGGGAAGUUUGUGUGGAGGAAGCUAAGAAGAAGAACGAAGACUUCGUCCCCAAGUGUAGGGAAUUCACUGCUACCAUGUAUAAUUGUAUGCUUGCUCACUCCGAUUAUUACCAGCCUAUUCUUUUAGCGGAGAAAGUUUAUUAUGAAGAUGAAGAGACGAUGAAGGAGAUAGAGGAAGCCGAGAAGAACAAGGUCAAACAAGACAUCUCUCAAGAAGACGAUGUGGCUGCGACGAAGCUAGCUCAGGGUUGACUACCUUAGAGUAUAGGUUAACUUUUUUUUUUAAUGUUUCUUUUUUUGCUCCAAGGGAUUUUAUCAAUAUUGGAUUUUUUAUGAAAUUACUUUUUUCUUUUGUCAGCUUUGAUCUCAAGUUUCUUUGAUUUGAAUGAGAGGUCCGCAUUGUCUCUUGGUUUA